AUGCCCGACGUCGUCACCGACAGUGAGCACGACCCCAAGCUCAUCAGCACACCCUAUCUACUGGUGGAGAUCCACCCUCUCCACGUUUAUGACAUUUCGAAGGGGGAAGAGGCAGCGUUGGUAGCAGGCCUCGAGGGGGAAGAGGUGGCCUACAAGUUCCGAAAGCCCUGGGAGGAGGGCUACAUUCGCUACCAAGGCUCCUUACCUCAAGAAGGUGCCCAAAACGCUGCCGAUAGGCAUACAGAAAUGCAUACCUUAUGCUCCCUGCGGGUUACAUGGCCCCACACGACCCCCAGGACUGACGAGCUGGAAGAAGUGCAAUCCAAAGCUGCUCGCAUUUUGUUAUCAACGAUGAAAAAAGAAGGCAAGAUCCCGACCUCAUCAGACGCCCACUGGAAGGACUUAAGGGUGUCAUAUACACCUUCCCAGCUGGACGCCGUUUCAGUGUUGAACAGCUAUGGACUGAUCUUGAUGCCCGAUGCCCUGCUGCUGGAUCUUGACGAGCUGUCUUUGACAAAGCCUUCACUCCUGGAAACGGCAUUGUAUCCAAUGUUCGGCCAGAUCGUCUGGCAAGUCGCACAUAGGUUGGGCCAUCUCUAUGGCCGUUCUUCCGAAUUUGCCAUGGAGAAAGCAGGUCUUUUGCGCAAGGAGAAGAGGGCUCCAAACUGGUACAAUAUGUUCAAAAUAUAUGCUAGCAGGAUGAAACCAGAGGAGGGGGAUCACGAAGGCCUCCAGCUCUGGAACAGGGCCACGAACGAGGAGUACAAGAAGCUUAUGGAAGGAGCCACAACAAAAGAAGAGAAAGAUGAACGGAUCCAGGAGGCUGUUAGUUUCAUCAAGAAUCAAGUGAACGAAGAAGGGACUAAUGUCCGUGACGCGAACCUUCGCUUCGCGUCUUACAUGAAGGAAAUUCGCGACCUUAUCACCAAUAUCAAAUGUCGUGACAAAUCUUUCGACGUUGCUGGCAUCUUGGUCUACAGCGGCAAAAAUCUUACGGCGCGGAACAAGACGGGUUUUUUCAUGAGUUCCGAGGACCUUCAAGCACUCUGCACCCGUGAGGAGUGGCCAAUUCCCACCUUGAUGGACAUCUUUGUUAGCAGAGUCCGCGCUAUGCAUGCGGACCAGCAAAUUAAGCAGUCGAUGGAGGAACUCAAUGUGGCUCGAUACUCGAGCAAAUGGGUCCAUGGCAAUUGCUCCAUUUCGGCCCCAAUGAAGAAGCGUGAUCGGAAAGGUGAUACAUCUUCGCCUCGUUGUCCACGAAGAAACGAUCACAUGACACCGCCAUGGCCUCGCCUGAAGAAGAACUCAAGCAUAGGUCCACAAGAGAGUACCGCUGUCUGCCGAAACAACCAGAAGUGGAAUGUCCUGCUAAACGCCAACGUCACGUCUCCUUCACCUCCCUUCCCGAUAACAUGUUUUAUACCAAACUUCGACGAGCUGAACACCCAAUCUCCUUCUUUGACCCACUCAAGAACCAGAAGACACCAGCUUCAUCGUCUCGUUCAGUUUCUCAACCCUUCGCUAGUUCUUCAGCUCACGUUGCCUCCUCAUCUUGAUCAGUAUCUCAGCCUUUCGCUAGUACUUCGGGUCAUGCUCGCGUUUCAGGCAAACAUGCUGGGCCAAGGAAGAACUCUCAAGGUUCAGUUGCUCCCUAGCUGUGUUCCUGAUUUGCCUUUGUCCAUACAUCAUUGUGCUGUGUCCCCCUCCUUUUGCCUUUGUCCACCUACACACCUUGCUCUGUCAAUUCCCUUUCCUAUAGUCCUUUUAAUACACAGGUUUUUGUUGGCUGUUCCUUCACUGUCUUUACCCAUGCCUAUCCUUCCACUCUUUACUUACACAUUAAUAUCCUUCACUCAGUUUCAACUCCACUCUUUUCUUACAUAUUAA